AGAUUCAGAGACAGACUACAGAUGGACAAUCAAACUGGAUCUCUGACCAUCAGGAACAUCAGAACCACAGACUCUGGACUUUAUCAAAUGUACAGUACAUUCUCAGUAGAAUCAUUCAGUGUUACAGUCUAUGCUGGUCUUCCCAUUCCUGUCAUCACCAGAGACUCUUCAUGUUCUUCAUCAUCAGGAUCAUCACAGCAGAACUGUUCAUUGGUGUGUUCAGUGGUGAAUGUGAGUCAUGUGACUCUCUCCUGGUACAAAGGAAACAGUUUAUUGUCCAGCAUCAGUGUGUCUGAUCUCAGCAUCAGUCUCUCUCUACCUCUGGAGGUGGAAUAUCAGGAUAACAACACCUACAGCUGUGUGCUCAACAAUCCCAUCAGCAAUCAGACCACACAUCUGGACAUCAGUGGACUCUGUCAGACAUGUGCAUAUCGAGUCCACUGUUGCGGUUUCACUGAAGCUGUGAUUCGAUUGGUCAUCUCUGCUGUGGUGGGCGUGGCUACUGUUGCCAUAGUGGUUUAUGACAUCAGAUCCAGAAGAGCUGAAGCAAAAAGCAAACAUGAGGACAUAGACUCCAUUUAA